UAAUUUGUUGGUAUUAAAACUUAUUUCAAUUUCAUUUAGUACGAAAAUAUAAUACGGUGAUGUGAUAUUAUUUAAAUUUAAUUGAAUCUAGUGCAUGUAGUUGCAUUAUCGAUCGCGAAAUUGCAAAUUAGGUUGAACUACUUUUAUUUAUUCCAUAUCAGAUAUCUUAUGUAAACUAGAUAGCUACGCCCCCUUUUCACAUUACUUCACACUCUUCGUAUUUUGUAUACCUUUAAUAAAAUAAGAAAGAAAAAUGGCAAGUGAAAGUAGUUCAGCAGUUUUAGAUUUGAAUGAUGUGGACACAACUGAUACAGAAGUGGGCAGUGUCACCGAUGAUAGAGAGGGUUCUCCCCUUAUCAUGGAGACUGGAUAUGAUAUUGCUGUUAAGGUAGAUGCACCCAUGAAGCAGCUGUCGACUCUAGAAACAUUUGUGACAUUUCGCGUAAGAUGCGUUUGCGCACGAUGGCCUGCACCACCGUUCGUUAGGCGACGGUUUAACCAUUUUAAGCUUCUUCACAAACGCCUGUCUGCCGCCCAUCCAUUAGUGGCUAUACCACCGCUGCCUCCGCUGCAUUCAGCGAGGCAGCAGCUGGAUAGAUAUUCGCCGUCAUUCGUCGCUGUGCGAGCGUUAGCACUUGACGCUUUUAUGGAGAGAAUUGCAAAACACCCAAUUUUAACACACAGCGACGACUUCAGACUGUUUGUGACCACCCCAGACGAUGAUAUUGAUAAGGUAUUUAAAAGUGAAAACAGCGCAUUAAAUUUAUGGGGGCUUAGUACAGCGCUAUAUGGGAACAACGAGGCGAAAGUCACCAAUGGCGCUAGAGUGAAAGAUCCGGAGUUCACCUCGGCAGGUGACUACAUGCAGUCGUUGCAGGUGAAGUUGACAGCACUCUGCACGCUCACCAACAAGCUGUACAAGGGGUCUGUCUCUCUCAGCAACGAGUAUACAGGUAUGCGUCGUGCCUGCGACGCGUGGGCCAGUCAAGUGGGGGGGCGGAGCUCCCGGGCCUGCGCUGCCGUGGCCAGGGGGUGCGCCGGGGCAGCUGCAGCCCGAGAGAGAGCCCCGCUCAAGUAUAAAGCCAUUUUGCCCCUGUUGGCCGCAUAUGCCAAUGCCCACCUGGACAAGAUCAAGGCUAGAGAUGCGAUGCAUGCUGCAUACGUCGCUGGCAACAAUGCUACAGGUGACAGUCAUAACAGGCUGGAACAGGCCUCGGAGGCUCUCCGCUCCGAGCUAUCCGACUGGAUCCCGAAGACACGGCGGGAAGUGAAGAGCCAUUUGCUGGAGCUGGCCGACAGACAGGUGGCCAUCCACUCUCAGUCGCUGAUGGCCUGGGAAGCGGCCCUGGAACUCUCGCACGAGGCGAACGUCGGCGAACUCUUCAAAACCGUAUCGAAAACGGCCGUGCAGAACCUCUCCCCCUCCAAGUGUCCGACGGACGUCGAGAGCGACUUCGGCGACGGGAAUAAUGAAGAAGAGACGAAGGAGAACGGAAUUAACGGGGAGAAGGAAGAGGAGAAGGAGGAGAAGUCCUCGGAAGAGGAGAAGGAGUUCGCGGACCCUCUGCAGAAGUUCACCGAAGUGGAGUUGUCCUGAUUGUGCGACACUCUGUUCUGCGAUGUGUUCAAGCAGAUCACCCAUUGAACUUCUUGUGUUUCUGUUGGUUGAGAGUUUAAAUAGCAGUUAAAUUUUAACCAAUGGUUCAAAUUCCAUUUUAAGGAAGUUUUAGCUUCAUGCUGCUGGAGAGUUACCGAAACAAAUCGGCUUAAGGUUGUUAAGAGAGUACCAAUUAUUAAAAAGCCGGCAACGCACUUGCGAGUCCUCUGGCAUAGAGAGUUUGAGGGCGGUGUCACUUAAUAUCAAGAUAUUUAAUUUUUUCUGUGUACAUCCUAGAUCCCAUACCCCAAAUGAACCAUCCCUUUCAUAACAUGUCUCAAUUUACCAAUAAAACAAAUAGCACUAAUGCAGCUGUUCCAGUCAGGAACAGAAAUGUCCAUUGCCCCAUUGGAGGGGCAGAGAUCUUGUGCAUAAUAUUAGAUAUAAAACAAAUUGUACUUAAAUCUAUUUAUUAAUAAUAAUAGUGCCAAAUAUAAAGUAGAAAUAGUUACCUCAUAACCAAUAUAUUGAAUGAAAGUUAUUUAUAAUUUAGUUUCCAUUCUUCGUCACUAGAUGGCAUCAUUGGCACAUACUUCUCUUGGCUAGUAUAUUAAUGUUGCCAGUAAAGAAACGUUUACCAUAAUAAGGGGAAUAAUUGGAACCCAGGAUAACAUCAGAAUUUAUUUAAAUAUCCUAAUAAAACAAUGUAUACCAGUUUCUAGAAUAUUUAGGCUUAAAUAAAUGUGCCACAAACCUAGGAACACCGAUAUAAUAUAAUAUCUUUUAAGAUACCUAGCAAUCAAAACUGUUUGAUGAUUAAAACUCUGGCAUUAUUAAAGCAAGUAAUAAAAAUAAUUACAGUUGGAUUUUAUUAGAUGUCGGUAGAUGGUAAAUUAUUCGCACCAAAAUGGCGACGGUAGUUUCAAGAAAAGUAUGUGACACUGUAGUCGGCUAUUUGCCAGUAUAAAAUCAAGAAUCAUCGAGAAUGAACGUCACUGGCACUCUUGACUACUAUUAACUAAACUUUCUUGAAAAGAGACAGAAUAUUUCUCUCUUCUUUGAGCUAUUUGACCGCAUCAGCUUGAAUUUCCUAUGAACUAGGAGUCAUGUCACCUCGCUCCAAGCUUUCCCGCUCUUUGCCUCAUCAGCAACAUUACGGUGACUGGGUCGGCCAAGCUUCUGCUUUCCUUGCUGCUACCAAUCAAGCCAGAUUGGGAUCCCUCGGAGUGUAUGGUCUAUCCAUCGCUUGAUCAGCUUGCCGCUGGCCACAGUAGCAACUUAGACUGAAGAUGUUUAAUAUAUUUCCAUUAAAUUAGCAACACGUGCUAUAUUCAAUAGUUCGUUUCAAAUGCUAUCUGACAAGUUUAAAUAUUUGUAUGACCAAUGUUGGCUAUAAAAUUCAAAUUUAUCUUCCAAGCAAGUUUAUUUCGAAACAAGAUGGCGUCACACCAGUCCCUGUGACGUACCAUGCUUGUAAACAUGUAAACCAACUCCAUGAUUCAAUAAUUCUUAAAUUACACUAAUAUAUUCAAUCGCUAGUCUCUAAUUAAACUCCAUGAAGGUAUGAGACAAGCGAUGACAUUUGCAAGCUACGUCAUUCGACCGUUUGGUGUCAUUUGAUAUGAAAUAUAAUUAUGAGUUUUUUUUAUAAAGACUACUCUUAAUAUUACGUUUUUCAUUAUAUCUAAUAGAUCAGAGAAAGAAACGUAAGAUAAGUUCAUUCGAGAAUCCCAGAGUGACGUUCCUACGCUUUUAAACUCGGAAAUAUUAAGUCUUAAUGCUAGGUACUUAAUAUUUCCUACUGUCAAAUAGCCUAAACAAUUAUGUACGACCACAGAGUACUAUUUAAGUCGAAACUUUAUCGGCAUCAUGUAAAUAUUGUAUUUAUUGAAAUAAAUCACUUUUUACUCAA